AUGAGUGUAAAUUCCCACUAUCACACAUGGGACUCAAUAAAAUCACAAUUUCUUGACAACUUUUUGACUACGAAACUCCAUUUUAUCGACUUUGAGUUUGGGAACAUUUCAGUUCCAACCCCUCUCAUUAACGAAAUUGGAGUGACAACAUCAUUUCUUUCUGAUCCAAUCAAUCUCAGUACUUUCCACACACUUGUCGCUUGCAAAGACACCGUCCAAAGUACAAUAAGGAUCCAUGGGAUUCUAUACUCCGACAAAUACCCGUCACCAAGUGACGGGUAUGCAUUAUUUAGAAAAUACAUCUCACAGUACAGUUGCGAUGGGAUUCAAAUAUUUGUGAUCAAAGAUGAGAAAGUUGGUGGCGGUGAUGUUCAAGCACUUGCUGAAAUACUUCAGAACAGUAGUAUAGAGUACACCGUGAUAACACAUCACACAUUAAUCCAAUCGAUUCUGACAAAAUUUGAUGUCCAAUUUGAUAAAAAAGUGUUACAAAAUGAUACUAACAACACUUACAAACACAUCAAAAGUGCACAACGCUGUUUGUAUCACAACACACUUGAAAGCCAUUUUCAUUGUGCUUUAGCAGACGCGGGAAACACAUCUUUAGGUGUUUUGUCUGUUCUUCAACACGCUCUCCCAACACUUCCUUUGAAGAACAAAAUGUUGAUUCCAGACUUCACAAUACCCCCAUUCUCUUUUGAAAACACAUUUGUUGUUGUCUUCACUAAUUAUUUGGGAAGCCACGAUACACCGUUUGAAAUAGUAAUGAGUUCUAUUCAUUUAACAAACAAUGAAACAACACAGAAAAUCAUGAUGGAAAUGAAGGGAACUGUCUUCAAAUGUUUUGUCCCACAAUCGGUUUUGGACGGAAAAGACAAGGGAAGUGAGGUGUCUACACACCUCCUUGAGAUGUGUGCAGGAAAUGUCGAUUUGUACAACAAAAAUGCUAGAAAAGAAAUCGACGCUUUUGUCAACGCAAAUAAAAAUACAUUUUUUGUCUUUUUAGAUACAAAGCAAAAGAAUCUCCCAUUUGACUUUCAUGAGAUAUUUGGGGUGUGUAAAACUACUUUCUUCGAAUCGUUUUUAGAACAUUUUGUGGGCGUCAAGAAAUACAACGAAAUGGUGUUUAACGACUUUUACACCAAAAUAUCAGAAAAGACUGAAAAUGUCGAUGUGUGCGAUAUCCAUAAAAGUGGAAAGACCUCAGGAGAGUGCGUCUUGUCUAAGCUCAACAAAUUCAAAUAUGUCGUUGAAAAUAUCAUUAAUGACUCGGAAAACACAAAGAAGUUGUCGAUUGCUUUGAAAGAAUGGGCUAUAGAAAACGAAAAGAAAAAAGCAGAGAAAAAGGAAAAACUCGAGAAGAGAAUAAAUGAAAGUCAGAAAUACAACAAACAACACCAAAAACAAACUGAAAAGAAAGAAAAGGGUAUUGAACAAUGA